GUGAUGCGUUACGGGAUCAAGUUGAAGGAUUGAACGUAGGUGGCAACUGGUUGUAAGGCUGGGAAGCCCUAUCCCUGAGUGGCAGCGAGGGCUUAUAUAAAGCGGGCCGGAGCCGGGACACUUUCAUUACGGCCACAAGUAACGCUGUUGCAAGAUGUUAAAGGUGGCGCCUCUGCUGCUGCUGCUGCUGGCCGGUGUGGCCCUCGGUGACCGAGAUCUGAGUCAGUACACCCCCGGCCGCCCCAUCCCCGGCUUCAACUACCCUGGAGUUCAGCCUUAUGGGGGCCGACACAGGCAUCGGCAAGGCCGCUCCCCACAGGAAACUCCGCAGAAACAAACCCGACCAGCGGAGCUCCCACCGAAGCCCGAACUGACAAGACCUUUUGUACGUCCAACCCAGCAUCGGACAUCCCCGCCAGCUCCCGAGGACCACGUCCCCGCCCAGACGCUGCCCGCCGAGCUGCCCGAGGACCGGCCUCCCACAUCCGAACUGACAAAACCUGUUUUACGCCCCACCCAGCGCCCACAGAUAUCCCCACAAGCUCCGGAGGGCCAUGUCCCCGCCCAGACGUUGCCCGCAGAAGUACCGGAGUCCCGCACCGGCGAGCUGUCGCCCAAAUCUGAACUGACAAGACCUGUUGCACGUCCAGACCGGCCUCGGGUAUCCCCACAAGCUCCCGAGGGCCACGUCCCCGCCCAGACGCUGCCCGCCGAAGUGACAGGAGAGGAAAGCGGCAGUGAGGUGCCCUCCAAGGAGACAAGGCCUGUUCCUCGCCCUCCCCAGGGGCCUCACAUCUCUCCACCUGUCCCCGAGGGCCACGUCCCCGUCCAGACACUGCCCGCCAAGGUGCCCCCCAGGGAAACAAGGCCUAAUACUCGCCCUACCACGGGACCUCACAUCUCGCCACCGGCUCCUGAAGGCCACGUCCCCGUGCAGACCCUGCCUGCCACUUUGCCAGAAGCCAGGCGUGCUCCACUGCCACCCCACUACAAGCUGACGAAGCCUGUGCCCCGGCCAUGGAGAGGCUAGGAGCGAGAACGCGGCGUGAUGACUGAAAUGUGUAAACUCUGUUUAGAUGUUAUUAUAAAACAUUAAAAAUUAGUUUCAGGUU